AGCACACCACCCUUCAAGAAAACCUACGAGUCUCAAACGGCAAGAUGCGCACAGUGGACACGUUCAAGGGACCCGCAACUUUUGCCUCUCCAAGCCGCCUUAGACGCCUUUUAACGAAUGCCCAACCUCCCACCCUACGAUCAGUUUCUGGCCGCCGAAAACGAGACCCAGCAGAUGAUUCGCCACCACCGCCGUCGAUACGAGAGGCGGCUGAAAUGGCAAGUCUACAGCGUCGCAGCAAGAAACCGCGAAUCUCCACACGGACCGACGACACCGCACAGAUUGGCAUCACACCUGAUGAUAUGGAAGAUCUUGUGCCGGCUACUCCUGAGACUGAGCUCGAAGGAUCACAAGCUAUGAGGAUGCCUGAAACAAAGAGGCAGUUGCGGGAACCGACUGCUGAGCCUUCCUGCAUCGAAGCUACUUCCUUUGACAGCCAAGAGGUUUCACAGUCACAAUCCUUCUCUACAAGUGUAAUCGACGGGCCUGGUGCGGCAGCAACUCCUCCGAUUGCUGAGUCUGAUAUGGAGCCGAAUUUCCCAAUUGCACGACCGACGCCAAUCCAUAUAGAUAUCGCAGCUGCCCAAGAUGCGAGUCUACCUAGUCCGAGUUUGUCGCCCACCACAUAUGCUGCGAACGCCCAACAAAGCCUCGCUGGGGCCUCUUCAUCAGGGCUGGCAGCCGACUAUGAAUCGAACGACGUUUGCUCGCUGGACCUAUCGCAGACGGAAAGGCCGAAUGGACACGAGGAAGUCAGUCCUAACCCACAGCUUCUCACACCAACAAUUACAGGUAUUCCGGCUAUGUUAAACGCGUUCGAUGCGCUCCCAGAAGAGAUGAAGGACUAUGUCAUGUAUCAGAUGCUGCGCCGAUGCAAAAAGUCCACGCUACACUUCGUCGCCGACGUGGUCAACCCAGCUUUGAAACGCGACUUCAUCGCUUCACUGCCAACAGAACUCGGUCUCGAAAUCAUCAGUUAUUUGGAUGUUAAGAGCAUGUGCAGUGCCGCGCGGGUUUCGAAACACUGGCGGAAGCUCAUCGACACCCACGAGACAGCUUGGAAAGACCUCCUCGGUACGGAUGGGUUCACAUUGCCUUCAGGCGAGCUGGAGCGUGCGGUGCAAGAAGGAUGGGGGUGGCAAUUUACGGAGAACGCCGAGAGUUACGAGCGCGACCUGCGAGGAUUAUUUGUUGCUUCCAGAUCAGACAACGAACAUGUCUCCGGCUCUAGUUCUAGUACGGCUGCUGAUCCGGAAGGCGCGAUCACUCGGUCUUCAUCCACACGCCACAAGAGGAAGGCUCUUAGUAAACACAACGGAUCCAAGAAGCAGCGCAAGAAGGGAUUGAUGUCGACCAAGGCGCAGUUCAUGUCGUACAUGCUCCCGAUCGAGCAGCGCGACGGACCUAACGCUUACGCCAAACGGGCACAAACCUCGAUCCCGGAUCCUCAGCUUGGAAUACCCAGCCUCCGUAACAUGCACCUCUUUAAGUCACUUUAUCAACGGCAUCACCUCAUUCGCAAGAGCUGGAUGGUCGAGGACACCAAGCCAAGACACAUCGCAUUCCGUGCGCACCAGCGUCAUGUCGUUACCUGUCUUCAGUUCGACACCGACAAAAUCUUGACGGGCAGUGAUGAUACCAACAUUAAUGUCUACGACACCAAGACUGGCGCACUGCGAAGUCGUCUAGAAGGCCAUGAGGGUGGAGUUUGGGCCCUUCAGUACGAGGGCAACACUCUAGUGUCAGGCUCGACAGACCGUUCCGUCCGGGUGUGGGACAUUGAGAAAGGAAGGUGCACCUCAAUCUUCCAGGGCCAUACCUCGACAGUACGCUGUCUGGUGAUCUUGAAGCCAACCAAGACUAGCGAAACCCUUGACGGCAAACCCAUCAUGAUGCCAAAGGAGGACAUGAUCAUCACCGGAUCUCGAGACAGCACCCUGAGAGUAUGGAAGCUUCCUAAGCCAGGCGACCGGGGCAUCUUCCAAAACACCUCUACGAAUGCCAGCGACCUCGACAACCCAUACUUCAUUCGCGCUCUGACAGGCCACCACCACUCUGUUCGUGCGAUAGCAGCUCAUGGCGAUACACUUGUCAGUGGAAGCUAUGACUGCACUGUUCGCGUUUGGAAAGUUUCUACCGGUGAAACACUGCAGCGUCUGCAGGGUCACACGCAGAAGGUCUACAGUGUUGUACUAGAUCACGCUCGCAAUCGCUGUAUCAGUGGUUCCAUGGACAACCUGGUCAAAGUCUGGUCGCUCGAGACCGGCCAGUGCAUCUUCACCCUGGAAGGGCAUACGUCACUUGUCGGACUUUUGGACCUCAGCCAUGAACGCCUUGUCUCUGCCGCGGCGGAUAGCACAUUGCGCAUCUGGGAUCCUGAGAAUGGACAAUGCAAGAGCAGACUAUGCGCACACACUGGAGCCAUCACUUGCUUCCAGCAUGAUGGACAAAAGGUUAUCUCCGGCUCAGACCGCACUCUCAAGAUGUGGAACGUUAAGACCGGCGAGUUUGUCCAGGACCUUCUGACCGACCUCAGCGGCGUCUGGCAAGUCAAAUUCAACGAACGUCGAUGCGUCGCAGCCGUGCAGCGGAAUAGCUUGACGUACAUCGAGGUCUUAGACUUUGGUGCAGCACGCGACGGCGUCCCUCUGAGUGAGCGAGGUCGUAGAAUUGUAGUCAACAACAGAGGCCACGAGAUCGAAGACAUGCCCGAUGCCGAAAUGGUCGACGCCGCCGACCAACAGCCAUAGUACGGAUCCCGAAAUUGUCUUCAUUGAAUUCCUUUUCUUGCACAUGUCAAACAUCAAUACCCCUACACAUUUCUUUGUUCAACAGUACCGGGAAAGGUACAACAGCAUUGCCUGCGGGCGCACAACGGGACUCUUGUUUAUCACACUAUCCAUACAAGCAUACGUGUUCAAUGCCGUACGGGAAGGCGUAUAUGUUGGCUUAUGGGAGUAUACUUGCAUAGCUAGGGCGUUCUCACACCUGAUCAAGGUUGCAUUGACGACAAUAAUGAAUAACAACACACUCCAC